AUGGCUGAAAGCGUGUUGCCUCCUCCUACGAAGUUCAAUAUAGAAGCCACAGAUGCAUACAUAGAAUGGAAAGCUUGGACAGAGUCUUUUAAUAUCUAUGCUGUAGCGGUCGAGCUCGAAAAAAAGUCGGAUAGUGUCCAAACAGCAACGAUGCUGCAUUGCCUAGGGCCGGCGGUGCAAAGAAUCUUCAGAACAUUGGCCGGCAAGAAAGAAAGUUUUAAAGAGGCAGUUGAAGCUCUUGAAGGCUACUUCGCGCCGAGAAGAAAUGUCGUUGCUGAAAGACGCAAGUUUCGCAGUCGAAAACAAAAUGCUGAUGAGACAAUCGAUGUGUAUCUAACGUCGUUAAGGGAAUUGGUAAAAACGUGUGAAUUCGGGGCGCUCGAAGACGAAAUGCUAAGGGAUCAAAUCGUAGAAAAAUGCUAUUCAAAACAACUAAGAGAAAGACUCUUAGCUCAGGAAGAACUAGACCUGGCUAAGACCCUCAGAAUAGCAAGAAGCAGCGAAAGCGCCAUAAAAGAAGCAUGA